AUGCACCUUUGUUCAUUGAAAGACGGCGAUGGCUUCGCCGAUAGAACCACCAGCUGGGCUAAGAAACUGAAGAGGUCAUUCCAACAAUGGAUUCUGAUUUCGCCUAGUAGUCCCUUAUGCGCUAAAUUCUUCAGGAGCGAAACGGCCAUCAGGGCAGAGAAGGAGCGACAGUUGAAAUCGUGUUGCCCUUGGGUAGUCCAUCCUCUGAGCAAAUUCAGGGCAUGGUACCAGGUGGUUCUAGUGCUGAUCCACUUGACGAAUUUGUUCGGGAAACCAAUAGAUGCCGCUUUUGCGAACGGUCGCAGUCCACUAUACGGAGGUCACAGAGAAAUUAGCCUCAUUCUCGAUAGCCUAUGCUGGGUGGACAUAUGCAUGAAUUUUAUGACAGGUUAUGUCGUCACUACAUUUCGGCGGAUAGAAAUGGAGCCUAAGCAGAUAGCAAAGAACUAUAUGAAGAGCCCGUAUUUUGUAUGCGACGUAUUGUCAGGUAUCCCAAGAAAUUUGAUUUAUUAUCUUCUAGAAAGGCCUCCAAAGAUAUUCCUUGGCGUUUUGAAUAUAUUUUGUGUCCUGAAACUUAUACGAAUAGUAACUGUGGUUUCACUCAUAUACAGAAUAUCACAGUAUUUCGAAUUUAACAAGAGCAAAGGGUUGGUCUUUCUCUUCUGUUCAUUGUGCGUCACGUCCAUCAUGGUCCAUUGGCUGGCUUGCUUACAAUUCAUAGUUCCGAGGUUGAUCGGAAGGUAUUUCAGAUACAAUCCGAAAGAGGACAGCUGGAUCUAUCAAGAUGGUCUCUACAACGAACCGAUGGGGAUCAAAUAUCUGCACUCAUUUUUCAAGACGUCUGCAGAAAUUUUAGGAAUGCGUUUGUCAAUGUACAAAAUGGGACCUACCGAAGACUACAUCGUUGCUAUUGUCACAUACGUGGUUGGGAAAAUACUAAUCGUUUCCAUAUGGAUUAUUUUGGCUAUUGCAAUACUGAACGCGAGAUCCAUGGAGAUAAAAUUCGAGGAGAUAGUCAACCAAUUAGACGAGUAUAUGAAGCAAAAACAACUGCCGUUCAACCUGAGAGACAGAAUAUCCCAGUACUACAAUUUCAAGUACCAGAAGAAGUAUUUCAAGGAAGAGAUGAUAGGCGAAUUAUUAUCAUCUUCUCUGAAGAAAGAAGUGAAUUUACACGUCUGCAAGUCUCUGAUAUCGAACGUAUCAUUAUUCGCCGAUCUGACGCCUGAUCAGCUGAGCCUUUUGGUGGCCAAGCUGAUCCCGGAAAUAUUUUUGCCGAGAGACACCAUCCUCCAGUCCGGAGCACCAUCAGAAUCCAUGUAUUUCCUAUCCAGCGGUACGGUUGCCGUUUACACGCAUUCCGGAAAAGAAGUGUGCCAUUUACAAGACGGUGACUAUUUCGGAGAGAUCUGCUUGGUUUUGAAGAACCAACUGGCUCUAACGUCAAUUGUCGCCAUAGAAAUCACUCAGGUGUACAGAUUGAAGAAGAAAGAUUUCGAAAGGGUACUGAUGAAGAACAAGGUGGUCUUCAAUAAGAUAGUUCUAGAGGCAGAAGCUCGCCUGAAAUCGAUCCUCCUGAUGGAAGAAACCUACAAGAGGGAGUUAUUUGAGAAAACCUUUCGCAAAAGCGAGGACAAAUUAAGCGUUCAUUUUGAUGCCGACUAG